AGCUCUGUAUUUCAAAAUGCAGACAAACUUUCUUUCCCAGCAAUUUAAUGCUGGUUAUUUGGCAGAAAACUCCACGGCUUGUCCAGCGAAUGCUACUAUUUGUGAUGGCACAUCUUGUGUAUUACAAGAAGAUAAUUUCAAUCAUACUUUGAGCGUAGUUUUAAGUACUGUUCUAACAAUCAUGCUGGCUAUGGUGAUGUUCUCCAUGGGCUGCAAUGUGGAAAUUAAUAAUUUCUUGGGUCACUUAAGAAGACCCUGGGGUAUAUUUGUGGGUUUCCUUUGCCAGUUUGGAAUUAUGCCUCUCACAGCCUUCUUGCUCUCUUUGGCCUUUAACAUCCUUCCUAUUCAAGCUGUCGUGGUGCUGAUCAUGGGAUGCUGUCCAGGGGGCACAGCCUCGAAUAUCAUUGCCUAUUGGGUGGAUGGAGACAUGGACCUAAGCAUCAGCAUGACAACUUGCUCCACGCUGCUUGCAAUGGGAAUGAUGCCACUUUGUCUCCUUAUUUACACCAAGAUGUGGACUGAUUCGAGUGCAAUUGUACUCCCCUAUGACAGCAUCGGAAUUUCUCUGGUAGCCCUUGUAGUUCCCAUUUCAUUCGGAAUCUUUGUCAACCACAAAUGGCCUAGUAAAGCGAAAAUCAUACUUAAGGUUGGUUCCAUUCUGGGAGCAGUGCUCAUCGUGAUCAUUGCUGUGGUUGGGGGAAUACUCUACAAAGGCUCCUGGGUUAUCCCACCAAAAUUAUGGAUCAUUGGCACCAUAUUUCCAGCGGCUGGCUAUACUUUAGGAUUUUUGCUGGCUCGUGUAGCUGGUCUGUCUUGGCACAGAUGUCGUACAGUGUCUCUGGAAACAGGCAUGCAAAACACUCAGCUAUGUUCAACUAUAGUACAGCUCUCAUUCACUCCUGAACAACUGGAACUGAUGUUUACUUUCCCACUCAUCUACAGCAUUUUCCAGCUGACAUUUGCACUACUAAUUUUAGGAGGCUACCGUCUAUACAAAAGAUACCAUGUCAAAACAAAGACAGAUGUUGAAAAAACACCACCAAAAGAGGAUUCAAAAUCAACUGCUAUAAUAAAUGGAGGAUUUGUAUCAGAUGAGAUGAAAUAAACAACUACAUCUUCUCCCACCAGCUGUGAAGAUCAAGAAUAUAUGGUUUAUUUAAAACUGGUUUUUUUCAUGUGCAGUUUUUUCAUGGUAAUAUUUAACAAAAGAAGUUCUGCUGAUAUUGAACUGUGAGACUUUAAAAUUAUUAACUUAAAAAAGAUCUACUUUGAUUUUUAACACGGUUUUUGCCACAACUGUAGAAUUUGGUUUUGAGGCUAAUUUCCUAAAAAUAUGUAAUGUUUUAUUAUGGAUUAUUUAACAAAAAGCAGAAUAAAGGUAGCUAUUGCUAAAAGGAAGCAGAUAUCUUCAAUGCCAACUCCAGGCCAUGGUCCUGCAAAUCCAUAUGCUAGUCUCAGCCCCACACAAAACAAAGAGAAAUCUUGUGAAAGUGUCUGAGAAGUAACAGGAGUUGAUAUGGAAGAUCUGGUAAGGCUGAAUAUGAAUCAAGCAUGAAAUUGGACCAAGCCAAUAAUGAAAUAAAAGUUUCGCUUAGGUCAGUCUGGGCAGACUAAAGCACUGUAUUAAUUGUUUGAAGCAGUAAUUUAUUCUAAAGCUAUAAUUUUAGCAAGUGCACAGCACCUUAUGACUAUUUUUUUUCCC